CGUCCACCAUGGAUGACGAUCCGAGUCGCCUGUGAUCACGUGGCCAUGCGUCGUGACGCACGCGAGUGCGCGCCCCGUCAACCACCUGCUCUGACAGUGAUUUGUCGUUCCGGAUGACUUUACCAGUGCGGCGACCUGUUGAAUAGAACAUGGACGUUUUCAAGAUUGACCAGUCCCUGAACGGGAACCUGGGCAGUGCUCCGUCGCCGGACAAAAUAACCCCGGAAGUGUCCUUCGACGCCGGUUCGGAGUUCAACUUGUGCUUCUUCGACACUCCCGAGGACAGCAACACGCAAGGCUUCAGCGACCCCGGGUCCGUGGGCUCCGCCUCGGCCAGUUCUCCUCCGCCACAGCUCGCCCCCUUGCACAUACCCCUCGCCAGCACUAGCACCCCUGCAGUGACCAGCCCCGUUUUGUUAUCGCCCCCUCAAGGGGCCACUACCACCGCCAUUACCGUCAAGCAAGGCAAACUGCUUAAAAUGAAUUCAGAGGAAUAUUCCCCUUUUAAAUUAGUGAACUCUUUAACUGAUAUUUUUAAAGAAAAUUACUUAGGUUUCAAAGAUGAUGCACCUUAG